AAACUGGUGACUACCCUUAAAAAUGUCCUUCUGUGUUUCCAUGAUAGGUUCGCCCUACAGUAUUACCAGAAUAUGCGGGCCCUAAUAUUUGCCGUGGAGGAGAUUAAUGCAAAUCCUGAACUCCUUCCCAACGUUACCCUGGGCUUCCAGGUUAUUGAUUCAUGUAAUAAUUUACGGCCAACAGCACAAGGGACUCUCUCAAUGCUCUCAGGAGGAAAGGAAAUCAUUCCAAAUUUCAACUGUCAAAAAGAGGCAACUCUUGCUGGUAUUAUUGGUGACACCGGAUCCACACGAUCCAUUCUCAUGGCCCACAUAUUAGGACUUUAUCAUUACCCACAAAUCAGUUAUUUUGCGACCAACCCUAAACUUAGUGAUCGGAACCUAUUUCCUUCUUUUUUCCGAACCAUACCUAGUGACGUGUUUCAAAUGAGGGGUUUGGCCGAACUGAUAAGAUAUUUUGGUUGGACUUGGGUUGGUCUCCUAGCCAAUGAUAAUGACUAUGGUCAGUAUGGACUUCAGAUGGUCAAGCAAGAGAUAAUAAAUGGGGAUGCCUGUGUGGCCUUUUCUGAGAAUAUUCUGACUGCUCGAUCCAAUAGGAAUGCUCCUCAUCUUGUCCAAGUCAUUAAAGAGUCAACGGCAAAAGUUGUGGUUGUAAUCACCACAGAUUCUGACUUUUUGAUUGUGGCAGAAGAGCUAUUGCGACAGAAUGUGACUGGAAAUAUCUGGGUGGCCAGUGAAGCUUGGUCAACUACUGAUUUACUCUCUAGUGAACGAUUUCAACCAAUAUUGUUGGGUACCAUUGGUUUUGCCAUCUAUCGAGGGCAGAUGCAGAAGUUCACUAAGUAUCUCAGUGACCUGCAGCCAUCUGAUCAUCUAUAUGAUGGGUUUAUGAGAGAACUUUGGGAGCUUGUCUUCUCAUGUAAGUGGCCCAGUCAUGAAAAUGUAACUAUAGACAAUGUCACAAUGAAAACAUGUAUAGAAAAUGAGAAGUUGGAGAGUAUAUUAACUGAAGAGGAUUAUAGAGUGUCCCUCAAUGUAUACACUGCCACAUAUGCCAUUGCAUGGGCCCUUCAAAGUCUCCUCAAUUGUAUUGCUGGAUAUGGGCCAUUCCAUGGUGGGGAUUGUGCCAAUAUCUCUUCAUUUCGACCUUGGCACCUUCUCCAAUAUAUUAAAAAUGUGAACUUUAAGACUCAAGAUGGGAGACACAUAUUUUUCGACGCCAAAGGGAACCCUCCGCCUGUUUAUGACAUUGUGAACUGGCACCAGAGUAUAAGGGGGACAUUAGAGCCGGUCACCAUUGGUAGAUAUGACUUGAAUGCCCCAAGUGGAAAGAUCCUGACUAUUGAAAAUGCUGAAGUUAUUUGGAUCAACAGCAACACACAGGUUCCUCUUUCCAAGUGCAGCCCAAGCUGUUCCUCAGGAUUUAGGAAGGUGAUUGUACCAGGAAAACCCCAUUGCUGCUAUGAGUGUGCCCGGUGUCCCCAGGGUCAGAUUUCAAACCAAGCAGAUGCCGUCGAAUGUCAGCCAUGUUCCUGGGACACUUGGCCAAAUCUACAACAUACCAGAUGCUUACCAAGAACUACAGAGUUCCUAUCCUUUGAAGAACCUCUGGGUUACAGCUUGGCGAUCAUUGCUAUCCUUUCCUCUCUGAUGCCUCUUAUUAUUUUGGGAGUUUUUGUCCUUUAUAAGAAAACACCAAUAGUCAGAGCCAACAAUUAUUCCCUUAGUUGUCUUCUACUACUUUCCCUCUUCCUCUGUUUCCUUUGCUCUUUAGGGUUCAUUGGUUACCCACAACAGGAAAAGUGUCUUCUGCGCCAGGUGGCAUUUGGAAUAGUCUUUUCUCUUUGUAUAUCAUGUGUUCUGGCCAAAACCAUUACUGUUGUCAUUGCCUUUAAAGCAACCAAACCAGGCAGCAGGUUAAGAAAGUGGACAGGGGUGAAAGUGUCCUACUGUCUAGUUUUAUUCUGUGUAUGUUUUCAGUUACUUGUGUGUGUGAUAUGGCUGAUCUUCUCACCUCCAUUCCAUGAACUUAAUAUUGACACCAAACCUGGAGUCAUCAUAGUCAAUUGCAAUGAAGGAUCCUCCACAGCUUUCUGGUGCAUGCUGGGAUAUCUUGGCCUAUUAGCCACCACUAGUUUCAUUGUUGCCUUCUUGGCCAGAAGACUCCCUGACAGCUUUAAUGAAGCCAAAUUUAUCACAUUCAGUAUGUUGGCUUUCCUCAGUGUCUGGGUGUCCUUUAUCCCAGCCUAUCUCAGUGCACAGGGCAUGUAUACUGUGGCAAUGGAGAUCUUUGCCAUUUUAUCUUCCAGUUGGGCUGUGGUAGGCUGUAUCUUUGUGCCAAAAUGUUAUAUUAUAUUGUUUAAGCCCAACAUGAACUCAAGAGAACAUCUCAUGGGCAAAGGCAGAAAUCAGAAAUAA